ACCACUUCAUGUUCACCUGAAACAUUUCAACAAUUUAGCAGGUUUAAAAGUUAAAAACAUGGCUAACAUACAAGUAAAACACCAGGGGCAAAACUUCGACGAUGAGAAGAAAUGAUUGAUUAAUGUAUAUAACAAAUGAUUCUAGUGAAGUGUUGAUUGCACACGCAUUGUGACAGGCAGUUUUGAGGAUAUUUUACUCUUAUUUUCGUUUGUCACUAAACUUUAAAGCGGAGUGUGUGUGGUAAAUUAUUUAUCAGUUAUUUUCUUUGCCUGAUUCAUUUUUGGAUUUUUUAGGAGAAAACUUUGGAAGAUUAUAUAUAUAUAUAUAUACAUAAGGAUAAUUUAAUACACUGACCAGAGUUAAAGGAGUUUGUACAUAGCCGUAAGGUGAUGAUGAUUUAACUUAAUGACGGUAGAUUCGGGAACAUUGGCUUAACAUCAAGUGAGAACUUUCUGAACAUUUAAAAUGGACAACAAGGGAUUUGAAAGCGAUUAUUCGAAUGGAAACACUAAUAGCUUACAACGUGUAAUUGAACCAUAUCCGCAAGCUGAGCGACCAACACCAGGCAUUGUGACAAAACUAAGAAAUGCUAUGAUAAAAGGACUCGAGUCAAUCUUCUAUAAAAUUGGUCUAACGAUUGCCAGGAACCCUCUGAAGACAAUCGUCAUCAGCAUCAUUGUCCCAAUUUUACUGUCAAUUGGAAUGAUCAAGUUUAAAUUCAACGAAGAUUUCGCAGAACUACUUCUUCCGCCAUCUUCUCGAAUAUUCGCUGACCGCGCAUGGGUUCAAGAUCACGUGCCAUAUGAGCAACGACCAAUCAGAUUGAUUUUGAAGAAUUCAAAUGUCCUGACGAAGAAAAGCAUGCUGGCGCUUUACGAUUUUCAUGUGCAAAUAACGGAGCUGACCGUGGAGGGGGAUCAAAACUUUGAAUCUAUGUGUGUCAGGAUUGGUGGAAGAUGUUUUGUUGACAGUCUCUUGGCACUGUGGGGAAAUGAUAGAGGGAAGAUAGAAAAAUUGACGGAUGAAGACAUUGUUUAUUCCAUUAACACGGUAAAAACAAAUCCAACAUAUUUCUUUGCAUUUAACGCGACUAGAAUGUUAGGACUGAUUGAGUAUAACUCUACGGAUCAUAUCGUCGCAGCGGGAAUCAUGCACGCUGAUUGGUUCAUUCAAUCCAGUCUCGAGUUAAGACCUACAGCAAAAAAGCUCGAGUACAAAGCAAUUGAUUUAGCUCUCUCUGGUCAUCCGUAUUUCGACAUGAUAAAUGUUUUUACAAUGGACUCAUAUUCAGAAGAGUUCUUUAACGGAGUGUACGGUGAUAUCAUACUAAUUGUUUAUGGAUUUCCGGUGGUAUUACUCUAUAUCAUUUUGGCGCUUGGAAAACCGAAUUUACUCGAGCAUGGGGUUAACCUUACCAUAGCUGCGGUACUUGGUGUGAUCCUGUCAACUGGGGCGUGCUUCGGUCUUGGUAUGGCAGCUGGGUUCCUGUUUGGUGCUCCCCAUCAAGCACUUAUAUUUCUACUUUUAGCUGUCGGAGUGGAUGACGCAUUUGUAAUAAUAACUACAUGGAACCGUAUUAACAAACACAACAAGCAAUUUCCCAUAGAAGAAAGAAUUGCAAUCACAAUGCAGCACGCGGGCGUCUCUGUUACUGUGACGUCAUUUUCUGAUCUAGUUGCUUUCGCUUGUGGUAUAUCUACGCAAAUGCCAGUGCUCAAGUCAUUCUGUAUAUAUUGCUCCAUUGGUAUUCUAUUUUUAUUCAUCAUGCAAUCGACGCUUUUCCCGGCGUGUCUCACACUAAAUCAGCGGCGAGUUGAGUCCCGGCGUGAUGCAUGCUUUCCGUGCAUUGUAUAUGCAGACUACACGCCCAGCGCAUGGAGCCAGUCAGAAAUAGUUAGGGCAGGAAUUAAGAAGAUAUUUGCUCCAGUUUUAUUGUCCGUUGUUGGAAGGGUGCUUGUAAUUCUAUUUACAAUUGGACUUGCGGCAGUUAUGGCAUGGAGCGUGUCAAAUAUAAGGAAAGGAUUUGAAAUAGAACGUAGUCUUCCCACAGAUUCGUACACUCGGAAAUUUCUUGAGUCACAGCGUUUGUACUUUUCCUCAGAAGGUCCAGGAAUACAAACAUUUUGUGGACCAAUGGAUUAUCAGAAAAAUAUUAACGCCCUCAAUAAUAUGGUUCAACAGUACGAGAACAGUUCAUUUAUCAUGUAUGGGUUGGUUGCCAACUGGAUUCCACUGUAUAAAUUUUAUGUUGGAUUCUUCCAUUCGGAUCUUACACGUAAUGAAGACGGAGUUCCUGCAAACAAAACAGCAUUUUACGUAACACUCAAAGAUUUUUUCACUACUGCAUUUGGUAUACCUUUCUCCAAAUAUAUCGAAAUGACAGACGAUGAAGUACCACAAGUAAAGUGGACGUAUUUUCCCAUGCAGCAAAUAGUGUCACAGGAUGUAUGGGAAAAUGAAUAUAUAAUGGAAGAAGUCCGACGGAUUGCUGACAAUGCGAAUCUAACAGAUGGAAAAUGUUUCUCAUAUUCUGUGUUCCAUAUUUUUACUGAAGUUAUCAGAUAUGUGGAGACAGAAAUCAUCAGGAACUUUGUACUAGCUGGCAUUGCUAUAUUUAUAGUAACAUUAUUAUUAAUUGUGGAUGUCGUCACGAGCUUCUUCGUCUUAGUGUGCGUCUGUCUGACUACGAUUGAUAUUAUGGGAUGUCUACAUUUCUGGGAUUUUUAUUUGGAUGUAAAUUUGGUCGUACUACUGAUCAUAUCUAUUGGUUUAGCGGUGGAUUUCUCCGCCCACGUAGGCUAUACCUUUAUGACAGUAACAGGCACUAGAAAAGAGCGUGCCACGAGUACAUUAUGUCAGAUAGGUCCCGCUAUUAUACAUGGUGCAGUUACGACAUUUCUGGUAUUUUUCGUUCUCAUUUUUGGUCAAAGUCUUUCCUCUUUCUUUGCGGUUUUCAUUUUAGUUGUGAUAUUUGGCUUAUUCCAUGGUUUAUGUUUUCUGCCAGUGGUAUUGAGUAUAAUCGGUCCAUCACCGUACUAUAAUGCCGGUCCGGAAGGUACGGGCAGUAGCAGGUUAACUUCAAAUAUAGAACAGAAUAUCUACGUGAUAGAUAAAACAAACAAUAUACCAGAAGAGAAAAAGCCUGCGACCGUGGACACAGAGGAAGAACUACAGACGAAUAUUUCAAAGGAAUCUUUAUCUAACGGAACUAGCAGUUCAGUGAAAUAUGGAUCAAUGAACGGAAAGUUAGAAGAAAAAGACGAAAUGGACGGAGGGGGUGUUUCAAACGAUACUCACUUUUGAUUGUUUAGUUCCCCUAGUUGAAUGAUCAAAAAAGUUUCUCAUUUUGUGAUGUUGGUGAAAUAAUUGUGUAUAUAUUUUUACUUGAUCUGUGGAAUGCUUCUGUUGAAUAUUUAUAUAUAUUUUUGUUAAGUUUUGAAUAUGUGUUUAGCUGCGCAAGACAAUGUUUUAAAGAUCGAUUAUACCCAGAAAAUGCUUUUAUUUUUAAUUGAAAAAAGCUUUAUAUUGUGUUGGUGAACAGUUAUAGUUUCCAAAAUGAUACGUUCUGGCUAAUUACCUGAACCACCAUUUGCUUCUGUUGAUUUGUUUUUUUAGGCAAUUAGUAAGUUAUAGUGAUUUAAAAUAAAUAUUUUGUAUGGACGUCAAAAUACUGCUUUGCUUACAUUUGGCUAAUUUAAGACAAGUAAUUUCACAUUAAGCGCGAAUAACAUCAGGCGAUAAGCAUCUACCAUGCUCUAAAACUAAUUUUUAAACGUUUUAAAACUUAUGUUUGCCUUUUCUUAAUAAGGAAAGAUUUAUUUGCUUUUAAGCCAUUAUGUGCUUUUAAAGGUUUUCUUGCUGAAAAAAGAAUCAAAACAAAAUUGACAGUCUGAUUCACGUCAUAUAUAUAAUAAAAAUAUGAUAAUUCGGAAUAAUAAUUUCAUAGGAUAAAAAAAAUGUUUUUCUAUUCUUUUCACUUUGUUGAUCUUAUAUCUAACGGGUUUUUGUUUUUAUAUAGAGCAGCUUUGGAUAUACAUGUAUUUUAUCUAAGGGAGAAUGACAUGUGGAUAUAAAGUUAAUUUUCUCAUACAACGUACUUAUGAAUGAUGAAUGCACAACAUCUAUAAAUAAUUUCGCUAUUUUAAGCUCGGCAUGUUCCGUCACUAUGUGUAAGCGUCGGCGUAACCAAGAACAACAAAAAAGUUCACAUGAACUAGACAUUUUUAAAGCAAUAAAUGUAUUUAAUACGUAAAAUAAUGACAGAUAAAGUCACUUUUCAUGGACUACGUUGAAUAGAAACUAUGUAUGUAAUUUAUGUUUGACACUUUUUUGUUACUUUUAUUUUGACUCUCUUUUCUUAAAGACGCAUGCCUCCAGAUUUAUGCUAAUUUUCUUGAUUUUUUAUAUGUAUUUCAAAGAAAUCAACUUGUGAAGUGAACAAAAAAAGAAAGUACUUUGAACUUUCCUCUGUACUUACAUCUCACGUAAAUUACCAAAAUAGGUCAAAAUAUGCAAAAAUAGCACUUACUAAACUAAACUGACUAGACAUUUAGUGAUAGAUAAUAAAUGCUAACUCAGUUAUUUAUCGCAUAUAACAUACAAACUAUUACUUGAAUAUUGAAUCUUCCUCCUUUUCUUAAAAUCAGUGUACAUUUUGGUCAAGUUUGAUUUUCUGGCUUGAAAUAUUUUGGCUUGUCUGGUGGCAUGCAGCUUUAAAACAGAAAUUACUUAGUUACAUUUGAACAUAUGACUUUUUUUGUAAAGAAACGCAUUUGACAAUAUUUUCUUUUUAUAGGCUUGAAACAAUUUUGGCGUAUAAUUUAAUGUUCCUGGUUUUCAUUUAUCCAUCUGUUAGCAGUUUUGUCUUUUAGACGAUGAAAGGAAAUUGGAACUUUUUGCCAGAAAUGUUAAUCAUAAGGAGGUCAUACUUAGUCUUUUAAUAUCAUUUAAAAAAUGUUUCUGCUCUGUAUUUUUUGAUCAAAUACAAAGGAAUUAUUUUUGUGCAGAAAUAUUACUUUUAUAUGAGACUGAGUGCCGAUUUAGGUUCGAGCUGCCUGAGAUUAAAAUUGGCCGCACUAUAAGGGAUUUCUUGAUUUAUAUAGUAAAAACACAUCUGAGACGUAUUGUGUAAAAUUAAGAUGCCCAGAGCCUAGAUAUUUGGCACGUAACAUCACUUUGUAGACCACAAUAUAAAUGGUAUUAAAAUGCCCCAUGAGUCAAUAUUGGCCUAGCCCGGGUGUCACUUAGUUAAUAUAUUUUUGUGUAGGAAAACACAUUUAAGUCUUAUUGUGGUGAAACUACAAUGCUUAGAGUUUUAAUUUUCUUAAAAAAAACUGGCAUCAAUCAAGCUCCUUUGGUCAAUGUAGGCCCGCCGAUGUGGUCACAAAGCUGACACAGUCUUGUAUAAGAAAACACCAUUCAGUCUUAUGUAAUUUGUAAAUCUGCAAUGCCAAGCUAAGAUAUUUUGCAUGUUACAUAGCCUUGUAAAUGGUCGCUAAAUUGAUAUAAAUCAGGUCCUUGAUAUCACGUAGUCAACAUAUUUUUGUGAAGGAAAAUUGAGAACACAUUUAAGUCUUAUUGUAUGAAGCCCAGAGCUUCCGGCAGCUUCAAAUUGUAUAUUUUUACAAAAGGUACAUUCAUCAUAACCAUCCAGUAAAAAUUGAGCCUGUUCCAGUAAUCAAUUGCUUCAUGUCAUAAAUACUAUGACUCUAUAUUUCGCGUAUAAUAUUGCCUAGUAAACCUCUAUAAACUUUUAAGAAUCACGCAUUUAGGGGUUUUAUUAAUCAUGCACUUAGAGUAAAAAUACAUUAUCGUUAGGAUAAUAGAGAUAAAACAUUUUUUACAGACAAGGUUCUUGAUUGGUUUUCUAUCCUAAGUGAAAGAUUUAUUUCAUUGUUCAGAGAAAUUUACAUUCGGGCGUACAUUGUCCCGCCUUUGUGGUUCUCUUGUAUUUAUAUUGUCUUUUCUUCUUUUUAUGAAGAAAGUUGUACACGCAAAUGUUUAGUGUAGUUUUUCUUUCGUCACAUAUCAAUAAAAUUUUAUGUGCAAUUUAUUUAGUACUUUUUCAAUGAAUGUGAAUGCAUUUUGUAUUAUUUUCUUAAAACCGAAGCAUCAAACGUCGAAGUCAUGAACUAUGUACACAACAUUUGCAAAACAUGCGCUUAAAAUUUGUUAUUUAUGU